AUGGUAUUCAAAAAAGCGCCGUGCCUUUUUGGCUCGGCAAUUUUGCUGGGACUGCUUCUAGCGGUGGCUGGAAUUCUGUUGCUUAUCGGAGUUCCAAUUGAUGGAAUUGUGAAUCGACAGGUCGUUGGGCAAGACUUCCUCGGCUACACACGCGACGAAAAUGGCACAGAACAUGUGAAUAAAAUGACAGAAUCAUGGCUGAAACCACCGUAUAAGAUGCAAUUGAACAUUUGGAUGUACAAUGUCACAAAUGUGAAUGGAAUAUUGAAACGACACGAAAAAACGAAUUUAAACGAGAUUGGACCCUUUGUUUUUAACGAAGUCCAGGAGAAAAUCUAUCAUAAAUGGGCGGAAAAUGAUACUCGAGUACUGUACAAAAACAGGAAAUUGUAUUUUUUCAAUCGGAAUUUGUCAUGCCCCAGCUGUGAUUUGUCCCAAAAAGUCACAAUUCCAAAUGUGGUUUUUCAAAAAUUGGUCGACGCGGCGGAUACGACGAUUUUCGGAAUUCGAAUCAAGUUUGCCAUUGAAAAUGUGCUGAAAUUUGUGCCAGAAGCACCAUUCAUUACGGUUAAAGUCAGCGACGCGUUGUUCGAUGGAUACGAGGACCCAAUUGUGGAUUUGGUGUGCAAAAAUAAGAUUUUGAGUUUCCUAUGCGAGACAAAUACUCUUCAGAAGAGAAUUGGAUUCUUUUAUGGGCAAAACGGAACAACAGACGGUACCUACGAAGUGGAUACCGGAAGACCAUCUCCAAUGAAUAUCGGUCAUUUAUACACGUGGAAUAAUCUAACAAUAAUGCCAGAAGGGACAUGGGAUACUGUAGCGGCGAGGAUGAUCAAUGGAACCGAUGGACAGCUAUUCAGUCCGAUUUUGAGAAGAGAAAAUCGAUUAUCGAUUUUUGUUCCACAAAUCUGUAGAUCGAUUCAAAUGGAAUAUCAGAAGGAUGUCGCUGUGUCAGGGGUGCCUUCAUGGCGUUUUGUACCCCCACUGGACCUUUACGACCCAAGAAGACCCGAAAAUCAAGGAUUCUGCAAUAAGAAUGAAAACUGUCUCCCUGCGGGCCUAAUCGAUCUAUCCCGGUGUCAAGCCGGCUCGCCACGUGUCUACCUCUCAAAUCCGCACUUUUAUAAUUCUCCAAUAGAAUUAUGGCACGCAGUGACUGGGUUAUCAGUCCCAUCAGCCAAUAAUGAUUUGACUACGGUAGAUUUGGAGCCAACGGCUGGAGUACCGACUCAGGCGAAGCGAAUCAUGCAAAUUAAUGUUGGCAUGGUUAAAGGAUCGCUAAGCAUAACCGAGAACACGACGAAUGUAAUUGUCCCGGUACUUUGGAUGAACGAAACCGCGGAUUUUGAUCAAGGAACUCGUGAUCAGUUGAUCCAAAUCUUCAAUGCUAAGCAUUAUUCGUUCAUUGGCGGUGUUGUAUCGUUAUCACUUGGCCUUAUCGCCUGGAUGGCCGUUUUUAUGGUCAUUUUUGUUUAUUCGCGCCAAACCGACGAGGAAGAGUACAGCCGUCUUGUACUCGACGAGGACGAAGUGGAAACCACCGACGCGCCGCCACAAGAGCAAGAAAAUCAGAAUUUGGCCUAA